AUGGCUGCCCAGCGCUCCUCGUGGCUCGUGACCGCCGCAGUGCUGCCAACGCUGCUGCUGCUGCUGCUGCUAGCCGCCCGCACGUGCGAGUCGUGCUUCAAGUGCACGGAAGCCAUCGCGGUGCCCCUGAAAGCGCUGCUGAGCAGGAUGCAGAUCGACAGGCCCUUCGUUCGCGCGAAGACGUACAGGGGCGUGCAGAAUAUUAUCUCCAAGCUGCUGGGAGAACAGUCCAAGCGCUUGAUCUAUUCGUACGAGCAGGUCGAGCAAACCAUGGGCUCCAAGUUUGUGGAGAUGAACAACAGAAUUGGAGACGUUUCCAACCAGCUGAGUGAAAAACACUAUGCCAUCUACUGGAGGGAACUCGUCAGGUUCUGGAAGGAUUUUCGGGAAGCUUUGAAAACUUCGAAGGAACUGUCAUGCCCUGUCUGUGAACCCACGUACAUAUCUGCGCUGCGCUGCAAAUCCUGCGAGAAAGAGAACAAGGAAGUCUGCCUGUCUUAUUGUGAACGAAGUAUUUUGGAAAAGCAACGGCGAGCACCUUUGGAGGUUCUGGAUGACGUCGAUCCCGACGUCAUCCCAGAGCCAGACUACGACCCUGAGUUUGAGCCCACGAAGACCAGCGUGAUUGCACUGAUCGUGCUCGUGCCAGCCAUGCUAUCCUUAAUCGUCUUCUGCAUCGUAAUGUGCUUCACGCGAAAUAAAAAAUCAACGUCUGCCCCCGACGUGAAAAAGGGAUUGGACGCCGCGGAAGCGCAAACACGACAGAAUCCCAACGUGAAGAGGCCUGGGCAUCCAACGAAGCCUGCCCGGGAAAAACAAACCAAAAAAGACGGCACGCACAAAGCAUCCCGCGUUGGACCAAAGAAAGAAAAGCCACGCAAAUGAAAGUGCGGGCAAUCCCCGACUUACGAACGGGGUCCUUGUUUCUGAGGCCCGUUCAUGAGUCAAACUGUUCGGGUUCACAAAGAAAGACAGAUACACACAUGCGCUCGCACACUCACUUUCACACACACACAUAUAUGAGUUUGCAGGGAUUGUGUGGUGCCACGGCUUCGAAGCCACACUGCAAACUCCGUGACCGCCCCCCCCUGGCCCCCACACUGAAUACACACACAGCGCACACACGUAGUGUCCUGGCGUGGGAUUGCUUGGCACAACGGGUUUUAAUCCGAAGGGUCCCUAUGAGGAAAGUCCCACGGUUUCCCGGUGCCAGGGGAUUGGCUGACCCUCGCAGGACAGUUUACAACGCGGUGCCCCUGAGUUGGCUGAGUAGUGUGUGGGCGCAAAAAGGUGACCGGGCCAGCCGCGAUGAGUCAUUCACGACAUC